AUGUCGGUAUUUCUGAGUCUCAUCUCUCUUUUCUCUCAAGAUACGCUGCUUCCUUCUACCACACAGUCUAACUGAAUCAAAAAAUGACUACUGUCCCGAGGAGUGUACAGUUGUCACUGUUACAAUGAUGUUACCGACAAAAAACAACAUAUUGAUCUGCCUGGCUUUCUGAAACUUGCCGGGGAUGAGAGGUUAUUUCCAGAGAUGUUGCCGAAGCUGCUCACCUCCGUUACUUGGAAACCCACAGAAAAAUAUCCGCGGAAAGUUUUUCUCGUCGGAUGAAAGAAGUCUUGAGACAAAGCGGAGGCCACGGGGCUGUUUUCUCACCAGUUCUGUGAUGAUGGAGGAAGUGGCGCUCUGAGUGACAAAAUGUCUUGGGAGGAGUUCAUCGAGCUCCGCGACCUGAGGACAGGCAGAGAGCAGAUUGAGCUGACCGGCUCACGUUCACCAUGCUCGCCUCCUCGCCUGGAGAGAACCAACGCCCUUAGGAUCAGCCCGGGGAAGGUCCCGGACCUGCUGAGCCGGGCCGGCAUCAUCAGAGUCCUGAGCAGGUCCCAGGACCCCCAGAUCCCAGAGGAGAAGGGAGAGGGCCAUAACUUCCAGCCCUGCAGCCACGCUCAGCCCACAUGGUGCGACCUGUGUGGAGACUUCAUCUGGGGCCUGUACAAGCAGAGCCUGCGGUGUGUCAAUUGUAGAUUCACAUGUCACUACCGCUGUCGUGCACUGAUCCGGUUGGACUGCAGCUGGGACCGAGGCUCUGUGUCUGACCACAUGUGUGUCGUGGAGCACACAAUAGAAACUGACACAAAUGUGGAUGAACAAAUUGAAUGGGGAAAGCAGGAGUUGACACCUGCAGAUAUUCAGCAGAAGGUGAAGGAAUACAACGCCCAAAUCAACAGCAAUCUGUUCAUGAACAUGAACAAGGAUGGCUCCUACACUGGCUUCAUUAAAGUGCAGUUCAAGCUUGCACGACCUGUGUCAGUACCUCCUCCAAAGAAAGGAGGUCAGGAUGUGGGAGGGAGGAAGGCUAGCGGAGUGAAGCGCCGCACUUCCUUCUACCUGCCAAAGGAUGCAUCCAAACACCUGCACAUUAGCUCUCGCACUUCUUCUCGCGAGGUCAUCGAAGCUUUGUUGAAAAAGUUUACCGUGGUGGACAAUCCUGGAAAGUUUGCUCUGUUUGAACGCAGCGAGCGUCAUGAGCAAGUCUAUGUACGCAAGUUGUCUGAUGAUGAACGCCCUCUCCGCCUGCGUCUGGGUGCUGGACCCAAUGAGAAAAUCCUCAGUUUUGUUCUGAAAGAAAAUGAAACUGGAGAGGUCAACUGGCAUGCUUUCUCCAUGCCGGAGUUGAAGAACUUCAUGCGUAUCCUGCAACGUGAGGAGGAGGAACACGUGAAGCAGAUAGUGCAGCGGUAUGCUCUGGCCCGCAUUAAGAUGAAGGAGGCUCUGGCUGGCUCGACCCCCGGCUGAGACAACUCUGAGAUGGGGGUCCAAAUGUGCACCUAUUGGCUGGAAAAUCACAUGACGAUGACCAGUCAGCGCUGCAUCCAAAGAUCCCGAGGAACAAAACUCAAAACACCUCUUCGGUGAACGAGAGAGUGAGACAGGGCGCGAGACAAUGAGAGCGAGAGAGCUAGCACGUGUGCGUGUGAGAUAAUGCGAGAGAAGUGCCUUACACCUGGAGCGUCUGAUGUGCCUGAGAGAAUGAGUUGAGAGGAGUGAAGAGAGGCAGAUGAGACUGUGGUUGUAUUCAGUAAUAUCUUUUUGUUAUUGGGUACCAAUCUGAUUAUCCGGUUUACCUCAGCGUUUUCUUUUUAGUUUUCCAAGAAGAAAAAAGUAUCCAAUCAUGACAUUACUGCCGAAUUUUAGAUGAAGUCAAUCUGUUUUUUAAAACCCACCAUGACAACCUUACAUUAACAUCAAUCCUGUUAGAGUUAAAUACAUUUUUUGUCGCUGAAUGGUAUAAGGAUUUUAUUUUGACCCAGCCUCAGAAAUCUGCCACAUCCUCUUCGACACCCCUGAUGGGUGCAACUCUUUUUUUUUUUUUGUCAAGUUGUGAGCUUGACUGAUGAAUGGACAUUUGUAUGAGACUAUGAAUGUCAGAGAGAAGUGUCAAAGUCACUCUGGUUGACUGGAAUUUUGAAUGAAUCUAAGUAUACAUGUCUUUCAGUAGAAACUCAUUCCUUUAUCUGUGUUUUAUUCUGUCCCUUAAAAGAAGAAAAUGUUCUACUUCUUGUUUGUCUUUUCACUUUGAAUGUAUGCGUCUAUGCACAAACUUAAAUGUUGUAGCAGCCUUAAAAAUGUUGUCACAUUUGUACAAUGUUUCCAGUAAACUUUCCAAUGUA